AUUCGGCAAGAAAAUCUGGUUCAGAUGCUCAAAUGCCAUAAUCCGAAAUGGGUAACACGUUAACUGGACGUUCGAACGCUAUCGCACCGAUUAUCAGUGCGGAAGAUGCUAAAACUUAUAUAUCGGACGAGGAGUAUCGACGAAUUCGCCAAGCUUUCCAACGCUUCAAAAAUGGAUGCAUUAAUUAUGACGAAUUCUGCUAUCAUGUUCUCGGAGGCGCGCAGAUACCAGAAGAAAAACGACGCCUGCUGUUCAGCUUCUUCUCUCAUGGCGCUGAAACCAUUUCCUUUGACAAUUUGCUUUCAUCUCUUGUUGGAUUGUGUAGAGUAGAAGAAGUACAAUCGAGGUUUAUCGAAGAAUAUCACGAGUUCGCGUCAUGGGGAUUGAGUCCUCCUAAGCUUACGAUUCCGCUCAAUGAUUCCUAUAUCUCAUUUUACGAAGUGAUGUCUUAUGUGACGCAUUUAUCCGUGAACGAGGUUAUCGAGUUAGAGAAAGUGUUCGCCACGAUCAGUGAUCGAGCUGUCUGCAAACUGAAUGAAGAGAAGUGGAAACAAGCAUUGGGUGGAUGCUUCCCGGAUAGUUAUGCUGAGAGAUUAUUCGCUGUUUUCGAUGAGAAUCGAGAUGGUCAAAUUGACUUCAGAGAGCUCGUUUGUACACUUUCGGCUCUUUGUCGUGGACCUCUACCAGGGAGAAUUUCUCAGUUGGCACGAAUCUGGGACGUCGACUGUGACAAACUUCUGUCUGACGAAGAACUUUCUAACAUGUACAAAGAUCUUAAUGUCCCAGAAGAACAUCAGACUGUCACAAAAUCAUCGAAUGGGAAAUCUGCUCUCGUUGAUUUUGGAAUAUGGGCACAGGAAAACGAAAAAUAUGUCAAUGAAUAUUAUUCUAUGGCUCUUCAAAUCGGACACAUUUGUCUCGGAUUGAGACCAGAGUCACGGAAAAUGGAAUUACAAAUUGUGAACGAAUUUGAAAAACGUGCCUCUGAGCUUCCACUUUCCGAGUGGAACAUUGUAGCUUCAGGAUGGCAUGCUGAGCUCAGAUCCUUCCUGGAAGCAGAUAAAAAUCCGAAUCCAAUCGAUAAUUCUGGUAUCAAGGGAACAAGAGAAGAUAGCUGGACCAGCAAGGUUGCUUGCAUUUCAGCUGAAUCAGCUCGUCUGAAACCCGAUCUUAUUCCAUCUGACUACAUCCGAGUGCCUGUUCCACUUUGGAGAGCAUGGCUCCGAUGGCACGGAUGUGCACUGACAGUAGAUUCACAAUUCACAAGAAAGUAUCUGGAUGGUGAAUUCUUUGAAGACAACAAGCCCGCUCUUGAACUGUAUCCACUCGAAAUUCUCCUUCUGGGCCAUGAUCGUAAGAAGAGCCAGGAUGGUACAGAAAACACUCCAAGAUCCUUGACAUCCUGGGCGUGUGCUCAAGUAUCACGAAGUAUGACUGUGGAUGAGCUUCUCGCGCUGUGCAAGACAGAACUUCGACUCGGAGAUGGAGACGCAAGGCUUUGGCAAGUUGUGAAGGAGAAUGAAGAAGGAAAUGUACUUUUGGACGAUGGAGCACAAAAUCUACAUCAAUUAUACUCGUCACUAGGGAAAACGAAAAAAGUGAAUAAAAUGAAGCUUUUACUGGAAGUACGAGAAAGAGGAACAGGAGUGUGGCCAGAAGAAUUACGAGCAUCUCUUUCCGGGAAACAAAUCACUGCUGCUUCUACUUUAUCCUCGAAUGCACAAUUGUCAGGUCGCCCAGGAGCAGUUGGUCUUGUUAACUACGGUAACUUCUGUUACCGUAACGCCGGAAUCCAGUGUCUUGCGAGAGUUUCCCCACUCACUCAAUAUUUUUUGGAUGAGGAUAAUUUGGAUGCUAUCAAAAGAGGGAACUUGAGGCGAGGAGAUGCGGCAGAGACGACAAUUGAGUAUGCGAAACUGCUCAGAGAAAUGUGGGCAGCGAAGAAGAAAAAUAUUGCUCCGAAUGAUUUUAAUGAUGCUAUUCGAUUGAGCUCGGAUAUGUUUGAAUGUAGUGAGCAGCAUGAUUGUCAAGAAUUUGUAGCAUUCUUGCUGGAUCAGCUUCACACUUCAAUGUAUGAAUCUAACAAAAGUCUUCAUCCAUCUCCCGAAGAAUCUGAAGGAACCGAUUCAAAUAAAUUGUCGGAUUCAAGCAAAAAGAAAGAAGCUGAUAAAGAAGAAGCUGAUGAAGAAAAAGCUGAAAGAUCAUGGACGGAGUACGAAAAACAAAAUGAGUCACUCGUUACACAGCUCUUCACUGGCCAACUCCGUUCCCGCCUAAUUUGCCGAACUUGUCAAUCGAGCUCGAGUGUCUUCGAGCCAUUCACAUCGUUGUCGUUGCCAAUUGGAUUUGAAGAUGUUGAUUUGUAUCAAGUUAUUGUUGUACAUAGAGACGGGCGAAUCCCGCGUCGCUAUGGUUUCCGAUUGUCACGUGACUCGAAGGUUGGAAAUCUCCGGGAAGUGGUUGCCGUAUCAAGUGGAAUCUCGAUGUCACAUCUAACGAUUCAGUGUAUGUCCAGUAAAGGAACGCUUAUGAGCCGAUCCCCAAAUCAUCGAAGUUCAAACUUACGCGAUGAGCUGCCGCUGAGUUCAUUCCCUUCUGGAGCAAGACUUUACGCUUUAGAGCUACCAGAAAGUACAGGUGAAGAUCAGUGGCGAGUUGCGAUGCAUAGGAAGCUUCAGUAUAACCAUGAACCUUACAUUCUUGGUUCAACUGCCGGAUUCAUAGUAUCUCGUUUUGGACUUCCUUUGAUCGUUGGAUUGGACGAAGAAGUAACUGGAAAGAAAUUAUACGAAGAUGUAAUGUAUCAAAUGCAUCGAUUUAUGGAACACUCUGUGAAUUCCUCCUCGAGUAGAGCUCAUGAUCCAUGUGAAGAUGAGAAUUCAGGAUAUCCAUUCACUUUAUGUUUGGUUGAUCCGAAUUAUGAAUGGUGUGGGCAAUGCCCGGCUCUCCGAUUCUGCAGAGGAUGUCCAAUCCGUCCAGAUGAGAGCAAAGUAUUCAUUCCUGCCAACUGUCCGAUUGCAGUGGAUUGGCUUCCAAUCGCUCUCUACCUUCGAUACAAUCACUCGCAGGAGCAAGCAUGUGAAGAUGAUCCUUCAGUUGCCGAAACUUGGUCAAGGCACUUUGCUCCAAGCUCAUUGGAGCACUGCAUUGAGAAGUUCUCAUGCCCUGAGACACUUGACGCAGCAAUUCAAUGUGACCGUUGUGAGAAGAAGACGAUGAGAGACAAAGUGAUGACUAUUUGGAAGCUUCCGAAGUACUUGAUAAUUCAUCUCAAACGGUUCGAAUUUCUCCGCGAACAAGGUCGAAUGGGAAAGUGCAAAAGAACGGUGAAUUUCCCGUUGAAGCACUUCGAUCCAGCUCCAUUUGUUGACAAGCCCGACGGAAAUACAUAUGAAUGCAUCGCACUCGCUAAUCACUAUGGACAACUAUCCUGUGGACAUUUCAUAGCCUAUGCAAAGAGCAAUGAGGACAAAUGGCUUCUGUUGAAUGACUGUUCGGUUCGAGAAGUAUCUGAAGAAGAAGUUGACAAACAAGGCGCAUAUCUUCUGUUCUACGAGAGAAAAGAUGUCAAAUAAUAAAUAAAUCUCCAUUUGCUACAAAACUUUAAGCUCAAACUACCUGGCCAUCUAUCUAAGAAUUCUAAUGACAAAUAUCGCUUGAUUCUAUUCGCUUUCUGGUUGUUAUUCUUCAAAUGUUUACUGUAAAUAUUUAUUUAUUUCAAUUUAUGUGCUAGUCACCUUUUCCCGUACAGUUUCCAUAAUUUUCCAAUGCUUCACUUCUUUCUACUACCGGAUGAACUUUUUUUAAUUGUUGUGUGUUAUGUACUUCUCCCUUCUUCGUUAUAUCUUCAGAAAUUUCGGUCUUUUUCUCAAUUCCAGAGAAAAGGUGGCGCAAUAGUUUGGGUGUGAUUUAAUUUGCCAGUCGAUUCACGGAAACUUCGAAAAAAAAUCGUUGCAAGAAAAAAAUUGCAAGAUGCUAAACUUUCGAUUAUAAAAACUGCACUGAAAACUUUAAUCUGAAGCUUUUGGGUUACUGUAGUUGACUCUGUAGUGUCUGGAUUUUAACAAAUAAGAAAUCGUUUAAUUGUGUGGAUCCUGUAGAAAGAAUCGUAAUUUUGCAUUAAAAAAUGUAUUGCUUGAAA